AUGUCUGGUUCAUCAUCAUCAUCAUCAUCAUCAUCCUCUAGUGACGAUUGCGGAUCAAGCGAUUACGAAGUAAUCAAUAAUGUUGUUACGCAAAUGAAUGUUGUUUUCAAUCCCCAAACCAUAGGUGCAUGUCUUAACAUUAUCUUUGAUGAAGAAGAAAACCAAAGUCAAGAAGCAGAAAGUUCUUCAAGACCCAAGUUGACUAGAAGGGUGAUCAGGCAAGAUCACGUGGCCGCCGCCAAGCUUUUAUACGAUCAUUACUUUGCGCCAGAACCAACCUACCCACCUGACAUGUUUCGUAGACAGUUCCGAAUGCGAAAGGAUAUGUUUCUGUGCAUAGUGCGAGACAUAAACUCCUUUGAUAGCAUUGAACCGCUACCGAAACACUUUCAGUUAUUCCACAAAGCCCCGACAGAUAUGAGUACUUGCAAAUGUGUUAUACAACUCUAUCGUGACGAGUAUUUGAGAAAGCCAACAGAAGCAGAUAUCGAGCGGUUGACGGCUAAACAAGCUGAGGUUCAUGGGUUUCCAGGUAUGCUUGGUAGCAUAGAUUGCAUGCAUUGGGGUUGGAGGAACUGUCCAGUGGCGUGGCAAGGGCUAUACACCCGAGGUGACAAGGGACAUCCAACAAUCAUGCUUGAAGCGGUUGCUUCAUAUGAUUUGUGGAUCUGGCAUGCCUACUUUGGCCCUGCUGGUUCGAACAACGACAUCAACGUUCUCAACGAGUCGGAUUUGUUCGACGAUUUGCUUGAAAACAGGGCUCCUAAAGUAGAGUUUUCGGUUAAUGGGGAUCAGUUUCAAAAGGGGUACUACCUAGCGGAUGGUAUUUAUCCAGAACGGGCUACUCUUGUUAAGUCAUUCAAGUGCCCUCUAGAGCCAAAAACCACCAAGUUCAAAAGAUACCAAGAAGCUGCAAGAAAGGAUGUCGAGCGAGCAUUUGGGGUUCUUCAAGGUCGUUGGCAGAUUAUUAAACAAUAUGCGCGACAAUACAGUAUGAACAAGAUAAAACGGAUCAUGUUAUGUUGUGUGAUUUUCCACAACAUGAUCGUUAAAGAUAACGGGCGCGCGAUAACAGAGUUUGAAGAGGAGUUGAUAGCUAAUACUAGACUCCCAACCCGUACGUGGACUGAAAGGUGUUCGACGCAGCUUCGUAUGUACAGGGAGCUGCGUGAUAGAGGGCUCACCAUAAACUCCGCAAUGCUCUAA